GCGCACAUUUUCAGGUGACUGCUAUGCAAAAAGACUGCAGCUUGGUGCACGCGAAGGAACUGCGCAGGCAACCAGCCGUUUUAUGACAGCAAUUGCUAAACUAGUUUGUAAAGAUAAAAUGGCCAACUAAUAUACCAAAUGGUUUCUUCAGCUGCACAAAUAAUUCACUCUUCCUCAAAAUACCGAACAGUUGGCAGCAACACUAAUUCUGUAGCUAACUAGCUACUACCACGUUAUAACUAAUUUGUUGCACGUUUUCAUUAUUUAUCGGAAUGUCGGACACUCUAGGGGACGGAAAGUUGGAGCUGAAACAAGCCAGCAAAGAAGUAAAGGAGAGCGAGAACGUGGCGGAAAAAUACUCAGCCAUGACAGUGAGCAAGAACAGCGAAAUUGUCAUGGGUGAACUGUCAGUGUCGUCCGCUGCGUUUAGUGCGGUCCCUACUCACAAAACUGUCAAAAAGCAAAUCCAGUUUGUGGAAGACAAGCAAGAGUUCAGCAGGUUUCCUACCAAGGCAGGACGACGCUCCCUGUCUCGAUCGAUCUCUCAGUCAUCCACCGACAGCUACAGUUCAGCUGCGUCCUACACAGACAGCUCUGACGAUGAAACUUCACCACGGGACAAAAUACAGGUCAAUUCCAAGGGCACCAACGACUUCUGUGUGAAGAACAUCAAACAUGCCGAAUUUGGUCGCCGCGAGAUUGAGAUUGCAGAACAAGAUAUGUCAGCAUUAAUCUCGCUCAGGAAGAGAGCCCAGGGAGAGAAGCCACUUGCUGGGGCUAAAAUCGUUGGCUGCACUCACAUCACUGCCCAGACUGCAGUGUUGAUUGAGACUCUGGUGGCACUGGGGGCCCAGUGUCGCUGGACAGCCUGUAACAUCUACUCCACACAGAACGAGGUGGCAGCUGCCCUCUCAGAGAUCGGUGUGGCUGUUUUUGCCUGGAAGGGGGAAUCGGAGGAUGACUUCUGGUGGUGUAUCAACAAGUGCAUCAACAUGGAGGGGUGGCAGCCUAACAUGAUCCUUGAUGACGGAGGGGACUUGACUCACUGGGUGUAUAAGAAAUACCCCAACGGCUUCAAGAAGAUCAGGGGCAUUGUGGAGGAGAGUGUGACUGGGGUCCACAGGUUGUACCAGCUGUCCAAAGCAGGCAAGCUGUGUGUGCCAGCCAUGAAUGUAAAUGACUCUGUGACAAAGCAGAAGUUUGACAACCUCUACUGCUGCAGAGAGUCUAUCUUGGAUGGCCUGAAGAGGACCACAGACGUGAUGUUUGGAGGAAAGCAGGUGGUUGUCUGUGGUUAUGGCGAGGUUGGGAAAGGUUGCACUGCCGCACUGAAAGCCAUGGGAUCCAUCGUCUACGUCACAGAGAUUGAUCCCAUUUGCUCCCUGCAGGCCUGCAUGGAUGGCUUCAGGGUGGUCAAGCUUAAUGAGGUCAUCCGUCAGGUGGACAUCAUCAUCACAUGCACUGGGAAUAAGAACGUGGUGACCAGGGACCAGCUGGACCGUAUGAAGAACGGCUCCAUCGUGUCCAACAUGGGACACUCCAACACUGAGAUUGACGUGGCGAGCCUGCGGACCCCAGAGCUGACCUGGGAGAGAGUGCGCUCUCAGGUGGACCAUGUCAUCUGGCCUGAUGGCAAGAGGGUCAUCCUGCUGGCCGAGGGUCGUCUUCUGAACCUCAGCUGCUCCACAGUUCCUACCUUCGUCCUGUCAAUCACUGCCACGACCCAGGCUCUGGCUCUUAUUGAGCUGUACAAUGCUCCAGAGGGCCGCUACAAACAGGAUGUAUACUUGCUUCCCAAGAAGAUGGAUGAGUAUGUUGCCAGCCUGCACCUGCCCACCUUUGACGCCCACCUAACGGAGCUCUCAGAUGAGCAGGCCAAGUACCUGGGCCUCAACAAGAAUGGCCCAUUCAAACCCAACUACUACAGGUAUUAGCUUGCAUGAAUGGACCACAACUCUGCACUCCUUGACUUGGACAAGGCCUGGAUAAGAUAAUGAAAUAUAUAUAUAUAUUAAGCUCCUAUUCCUUCAUCUUCUACAGUAGGUGUUACCCUGUUUCACUUGCUGUUUUGUGUGUUUAGUUUCACCAUUAGUUCUGUAAAUACACACUCUAACAAACCAACAUACAGGACCCCACUGGCCAUCAAUGACCAAUUGAAAGUACAGCACCUAAACUCAGCUGUCUGCUUGAGAUAUUUAUAUACACGUCUGAUUUCAUUCCCACUCUCCAGUAGAAUAGACAUUUUUCUGAUGUGUUAUUUGUAGUUUGAUAGAUCUUUAUUAUUGUGCCAAUUGAUUGUGUAGGGAAGGGGAUUGUUGUAAUUGAGAUUUAUAUUUUCUGUCUGCAUUGAUGUCGCUCUUCUCAAAUAAUUACAUUCCAGCCAAGGGAACAGGGAGAAAUGGCCUCCACACUAGAAAGACUCAACCUCAAUGUCCCAUUUAAAGGCAUUGUCACAUUUCCUGCUGGACCAUGUGUAGAUGUUUUCUACCAGCUUGUCAUUUUACUGAUCUCUAUCUCUCUUCCUCUGAAACAGAACUGAGGUUUUAUUGAAAAUGUGAGUACCUGUACUGACUGUACUGUAUUGGGGCAGCAGGUAGCCUAGUGGUUAGAGCGUUUGGGCCAGUAACCGAACGGUUGAUAGAUUGAAUCCCCGAGCUGACAAGGUAAAAAUCUGUCGUUCUGCCCCUGAACAAGGCAGUUAACCCACU